ACUUCACCCUGUGGUUUCAACUCACCACGGCUCCAUAGCUGCCAUUUCUUCCGGCUCCCUACCUUCCCCGCAAAAACCCCACUACCAUUUCUCUAAUGGAGGUCGACACCAGCCCCCCUACCCCUACAACUUUCGAUCUAAAACCAAAACCACCACCCUAUUCUCUAUACUCCUCUUCAUCUGAUAUCGCCCAUUCAUUGAACCUUGACAUCGAAGAUUCUGAAAUGGGAGCAGCCUUAUUUUCCUCCCUUAACGCCGGUAUUCAGCUGCCAUCUGCGGCGGCAGAUGCUGAAUGUCAGAGCCCUACCUCUCACUCCGACGCCGCCAUGAAGCUUCAGAAGGUUUAUAGAGGUUAUCGCACUCGUCGUCUCUUGGCAGAUUCCGCCGUUGUUGCUGAGGAACUUUGGUGGCAAGCGAUUGAUUUCGCCCGAUUGAAUCACAGCACUAUUUCGUUCUUCAAUUUCCAAAAACCAGAAUCAGCAGCUUCUCGGUGGAACAGAAUCUCUUUGAACGCUUCUAAGGUGGGUAAGGGUUUAUCAUUAGAUUCCAAAGCUCAUAAAUUGGCAUUUCAACACUGGAUUGAAGCAAUUGAUCCGAGACACCGGUAUGGGCAUAGCUUGCACAUAUAUUAUAAAGAAUGGUGCAAGGCUGAUGCAGGCCAGCCAUUUUUCUACUGGCUGGAUGUUGGAGAAGGAAAAGAGGUUGAUCUAAAAGAAUGUCCAAGAUCAAAGCUUCGCCAACAGUGCAUCAAGUAUCUUGGACCUCAAGAGAGAGAGCAUUACGAGUAUAUCAUCGUUGAAGGAAAGAUCAUGCACAGUCGAACCAAUUUCCUCCUUGAUACAACAAAUGGGACAAAGUGGAUAUUUGUGAUGAGUACCUCUAAGAGACUCUAUGCUGGCGAGAAGAAGAAAGGAAAGUUCCAUCAUUCGAGCUUUCUCGCUGGGGGAGCUACUUUAGCUGCAGGAAGGCUUGAUGUGGAGAACGGGACACUUAAGACCAUCUCUCCAUACAGUGGACACUACCGUCCAACAGAUGAGAGCCUCAACUUAUUCUUAUCACUUCUCAAAGAACAUGGUGUUGAUCUCGACACGGUUGAAAUACGGAAGGCAAAUGAAGAUUACGAAAACUAUGAACACAAGAACGCCAGUAAUAACGGACCUAAACCUGAAACUCCAAUUUCUUCAGAUACAAAGGGAGAAGAAGACGAAGGAGAAGAAGAAGAAUCUAUUCUUUCUCAACCCGUUGAAGCUGGUGAAAAGUUAAAGAAGAACGUGAGCUACAAAAGGAGUCUAUCGGGGGGUCUUCAAAGCCCAAAAGCAGACGUACCCAAGACUGCGAUACUAGAAAGGAUCAAUUCAAAGAAGGCGGCUCGGUCAUACCAGUUAGGAAACCAACUAUCGCUGAAAUGGUCAACCGGGGCCGGACCCAGAAUCGGAUGUAUCGCAGACUACCCACUUGAGCUCAGGUUGCAGGCCUUGGAGUUCACUAACCUCUCUCCCAAACCAAAAUCUUCACCAAACAACAGGAGGAAUGGUGGUGUUGUUUGGCCAGUGGAAACUGCUUAGAAAACGGACCUAGAGGGGUGGUUAGGUGGCACGUGCCACCUUAUUGUUCCUCUGUGGUAAGGUAUAAAAAUUUAGGUUCGUGAAAGGUGUAACCGCUUAUUCUAGAAGGUGCAACAGUUUUAUAUGGUGUCAUCGUAUCAAAAAAUUGUUGGGUCCGUCCCUGCUUAGAAAGGUUACUUUUAUUGGGUGUAAAUUCCCUGUAAGUUUGCUGAUGCAAGUGAUAGCAUGUUCCAAAUAAUAAAACGUUUUGGUUCCUGAUCA